AUGGGUCGUAUGCACGCUCCCGGAAAGGGCAUUUCGUCCUCUGCCCUCCCUUACCGCCGCGCUCCCCCUUCUUGGCUGAAGACCACCAACGAAGAUGUCAUCGAGCACAUCACUAAGCUCGCGCGUAAGGGUCUCACUCCCUCACAAAUCGGUGUGACCCUUCGGGACUCGCACGGUAUCCCCCAAGUGCGCUUCGUCACCGGAAACAAGAUCCUUCGUAUCCUCAAGUCCAACGGUGCGCAUGACCACGAGAUCGAAAUGAUGUACUGGCUUAUAGCGUCGGCGGCAGGUCUGGCACCACAGAUCCCCGAGGACCUCUGGCAUCUCGUGAAAAAGGCGGUCGCAGUGCGCAAGCACCUCGAGACGAACCGCAAGGACAAGGACUCAAAGUUCCGCCUCAUCUUGAUCGAGUCGCGUAUCCACCGUCUCGCGCGAUACUACAAGACGAAGCAACAGAUCCCGCCAACGUUCAAAUACGAUUCGGCAACCGCGUCUACACUCAUUGCGUGA